AUGCGUACGGGACGGGAUCGGGACGAAAAAACUCAAUCCCGCAGGGCUCUAACUACAGUACCACUCAGUUCACCUGCCAACUUCAAAGUAAGCCAUCUUUUGAUCUUUCUUCCUUGUUCGUCAAUGUAGAGAGAAACAUAGAAAGCAAGAAAAGUAGAAAAGAGCAAAUUUUAUAUUUUUAUGCACUCACUCAAUUAUUCUUUGCAUAUGAAAAACAGUGCCUACUUCAAUUUGUGCCACAAGCUGUCAUUUUAACGAAUUAAAAUAAAAUAAAAUAAAAAAUACCUAUUUCUACCUUUUACACUGCUUUCU